AUUUAUUUCCUCUAAAUUUAAAUAAAGGAUAUACAAAUAUAGACAUACUUAUAUAAUAUAUAUACAACAAAUAUGAAGCUUCAAUAUCUUCUCUUUGCAUUAUUCACGGUUUUUGUAAUACAAGUUCAAGCUAACGGAGGUUACGAUGAUUACGAGCAAUGGGAACACAAUUUUCCUGAUACUUGUCAAGAACUUUUCAAAACUGAACAUUGUAAUGAAUGUCAAUCGUUAAUGUGGAAUCAUUUCAAAAAUCCUGGUCAAUGUGCUACUGCUUUCAAUCUUGGCCGUGAUAUUUUUGAAAUUAUAAAAGAUUCCGGUGAAGAACCAAAACCUUAUGAUCUUACAUUCUUUAAGAAAGGUUUAAAUAAAUAUUGUCAUGAAGAAUUCCAUUGUAGUCAAGAUAAAGUUGAGAAGAUUUAUAAUAAUAUACAAAAAGUCUGUAAACAUGAAUUAAGUGUUAAAUUUGAUUGGAGUGAUAAUCCUGAAAAUUUUAAAAAUAUUACCGCUUACGCUGCUUAUGGUACUUUGCUCACUUAUUACACUGGAAUUCCUGCCCGAGAAGCUCUUUGUACUAAAAACAAGCAUAAUAAUGGUGAUUUCUAUAGUUUUGAAUUCAUUGAGAAACUCACUCAAUGGGUAAAGAAUGAAACAAACGCUGAUCCAAAGGCUGUUGUGACCCACGACCUUAAAUUUGUUAUCAAAGGAAAUGGAAAGAAAGUUCGUGUUCCAAAAUCGUUCUUUUGCGAUCCAUGUUGGAGAAAGAUAGCCCAUAUCUAUGGUGAUUACAUCAAAGAUCAUAGAUUGAAGAAAUCUGUCGAAAAGAAUAUUUGGGGAUCUUGUCAUGACUUAGAAAAACUAUAUCUCCCACAUUGCACUUAUAAACGUGGUUUAGGUGAAAUUUUGAAAGAUAGAAGUGAUUCUAAAUUAAGUGAACGUAACGCAAAUCCUGCUUUUGGCGUUUUAAGUCAUCGUAUGAAUAAAUUACAUUCUUUAGCGAUUUAA